GUACGCGUUCAGUAACAGAAACGCAUCCAUCAUGGUACUCUUCCAGCAGGUCUCUCCCUGGGAGUGCAAGAGUGGCAUGAGUUUAGGACCCAAGCUCUGAUUGAGAAGGGGAAUGAACAGCACUCAGCCUGGAUUACGGUUGCUCAGGCCUCCGACAGUGAUAGGCCAGUUCCACACACUUUUCUUUGGCUCUGUUCGGAUGUUCUUUCUGGGCGUCCUGGGCUUUGCAGUCUAUGGCAAUGAAGCUCUCCAUUUUAGCUGUGAUCCAGACAGGAGGGAGUUAAACCUCUACUGUUACAACCAAUUUAGGCCGAUAACACCUCAGGUAUUCUGGGCAUUGCAGUUGGUAACUGUUUUAGUCCCUGGAGCUGUAUUUCAUCUCUAUGCUGCCUGUAAAAACAUUGACCAGGAGGAUAUCCUUCAGAGACCUAUAUACACCGUCUUCUACAUCAUCUCUGUCCUGCUAAGAAUUAUUCUGGAAGUCAUCGCUUUUUGGUUGCAGAGCCAUCUCUUUGGUUUCCAGGUCUCACAUGGACACCAAUGCCGAAAACGACAUACCUCUGCUUUUUUUGUUGGGAGUUGACACUCAGACACUUCUUUCCAUAAUCCCAUUGUUUAAGUCAAGUCACACAGAUUUAAACCUUACUUUGUCAAUAGACUAAUGAUAUUGUUGUGACAUAUGCAGCUUUCAAUCAUUGGCCCACGUAAGAAAGAAACGUGUUACCAGUAAUUCUAAUAUUUUCCAUAUUUGUACCCAGUGAAAAGUUUUAUAGCAUUCUUGUAGUCUUUUUAGGGGCCUAUAGACAAACCUACAUCCCACAGUAAUGUAAUCUAAUUGUCCAGUACAACAUAUGGCCAAUGUCAUGUCAUCAAUGGUAACAUCCUGAUACCCUACGACAGAAGCUGAAAAUUUGUCAUUUUAAGGCAUAGACAGGCAAAAAAUUCACCUAAUGAAGCUUAGAUUUGAUUUCAAUAUUUGGCUUGAAUUAUUUUCAGGUCAUAAUACAUUAGUAAUUGUACAUUUUGUAUGAAUUGAAGUACCGGACUAUAUAAAGGUUCUCAAAUUAGUUUUAAAUUUGACAGAUUUUUGCACAUCUCAUUUGAUGAUUGUGAAAUUAAGGUUUUGAAAUACUAUAUAUAGGAAUGGUAUCAAUAACAAUAAUAAUAAGUUAAAGAAGAUGGGUUUCCAUGCUACCAGAUUUAUCAUGCAGAUUCUGCACAUCACUGUAGAUUUAAGUGUGAUUGCUGAUAAGUCUGCUGGUCACAGUGUGGAUGGUUAAACCAUAUAGUUGACUAUUUUAAGACCCUUUUCAUAGCUUGAAGUAUUAUGCUUUUGAUUUAACACUGUGCUGUUGCUGUACUGAAAAUGAUUACCUCUUUUGUUUUGUAUCUGUAAAUUAUUAUCAGGCAUCCAUCCAACUUUUGUUAUUUUCAGCUAAAUGUAUCAUCUCAGGUACAAUAUGGCAUACUGCUUUCUGGUAUUUGUGACAGAUGGGUAGUUUUAAAGUUUGCCUCUUUCAUUUUGUACAGAAAAGCUGAGGUAACUGUUAAAAGAAGGAAUGACAUUCAUUUGGUUGUCAGUAAAUCUGAGGAGUAUUUUAGGGAAGUGGGAUCAAUUAGUUAUCUGUUACGUAGGUUUUUUAUUUUGACUCAUGUUUGGUUGCUAUGUUUACAUUUCUUAGGGUAAUUGAAUUCUAUUACAUCUAUUGUCUGUUUUGACUGAGUGUUCUUUAUAAAAUGCAUAGAACUUCUCAGCUCUGUUUAAUAAAAGGGGCACAUUUUAUGACCAACUCAUCUUAGGACAAUAUUGUUCUACAGUAUGAUGUUUCAAAAAAAAAUCUGUCUGUUGCUUUUUAGCUUAGGAUCAAAAAUGUUCUUAUGUUUCAAAAGUAUCAGUUAGAUUUGUUUUUUUGUUAGAGGUGGUGCUAUGCAGCAGCUUUAAUGUACUGACAAACUUUUGUAUUGACAAAGCAACCCUAGAUUAACAGGACUGCUGCAUGCCCAGUUUCAGUUGCUUUCUAUACAUACCCUGUGUUCAUGAUAGCCCCAUGCUAUCUCUUGGGGGGAAAGGUCAAUAUGCAGUGUAAUCACAGCAGAUCAUUGUGGUGUCGAACCACUCCCCAAACAACAAGCUGCAUGCAGUUCCUUGAUGACAGUUUACUGCACAGGUCGGCUUUAUGCCAUGCAGACGGGAAUGAAACUGGACAGCAAAACCCCAGAAUGUCGGAAGUUUCUUGUGAAACUGAUGGACCAGUUGGAAACGAUGAAGAUGGAGCUGACUGACAGUGACUCAAUCACCCAUGAAGUUGUCGGCAAUGCACACAUCGAAAACUAUGCCUUAAAAAUGUUCCUCUAUGCUGACAACGAGGAUAGGUCAGGAAGAUUUCACAAGAAUAUGAUUAAGUCCUUCUACACAUCUAGCCUUUUGUUAGAUGUCCUGUCAGUUUUCGGCGAGUUAUCGGAGGAGAACAUCCAGCACAGGAAGUAUGCGAGAUGGAAGGCCACUUACAUCCACAACUGUCUGAAGAGUGGUGAAACCCCACAGGCUGGCCCUGCUGGCUAUGAAGAGGAAACAUAUGAUGAGGAGUAUGGUGCUGAGGGUGGAGGGGGACCCUCCUCCCAGUCUGCUCAGCCCCAGUCUCCACCUCAUUCCCAGCCCGGCUUUGGGGAUCCAAACCAGGGGUCUGGGUCCAUGGGGGGUCCCCCCUACCCCCCCACCAACUACAACAAUAUCAACAUCCCCCAUGGAGCCCACUGCCCAGCCAACACACCUGCAGAGCUCCCUCCACCUACAGCAGGAGAAGCCAUUAAACCAGUGCCUGUUCCCCGAAGCAUUCCAGCGGUCGACCCCUCACUGCGGAGUGCCACUCAGGAAGGUGACGUGCGCCUCACGCCAGAGGACUACACCAGAGCUCAGAAGUACUGUAAGUACGCCGGCAGUGCCCUGCAGUACGAAGACGUGGGCACGGCGGUGCAGAAUCUGCAGAAGGCCCUGAAGUUGCUUACCACUGGCAAAGAAUGAGACCCAUUGUCCCCCGGCGUCACUGUAUCACUACAUCGCUGAUCUGGCCCAGAAGAACUGAGACCGUUACCCUAUAAUCUACAGCAACCCCAGCUGUAUCCGUCUGAAGAAAGCAAUUCUGUCCCAACAUAACGUAAACAACAAUGACAUCUGUGUCUCCAUAUUGGACUCCUGCUGUGGAGCUUCCAUCAUGGCUGUCCAUAACUAGUGAGUUGCUCACUAAAGACUUCCCGAGCCUGUAUGUUAAAACGGUGCAUUUAUCCCCUGCUAAUAUACUCCUUAUAUUAGUUUUCACGAACAACCUAUUCACUGUAGUUUGAUAACACUUUUGUAUGCAUGCACGUUUUGGGAACGUACUCAUGUUGCAGUUCAAAAAAGACCACAUUUCUCAUCAAUUUUACGUACAGUAAAGUAGCCCAAUGCUUCAAGUAGACAGUAGAUAUAAUCCCCUAUUUUCAGGUGACAUUGAUCUGCCCUUUUACUGUGUUUUCAAUACAGUAUCUAUUUGCCUUGUUUUCUCGGGUGAAAGGACUGUCGUUUCUGCAUCAACACAAUUUAAAUAAAUUGUGUAAAUUGAUUGAUUGAUGGUUGGUGACCUGUUUGUAUAUACUGAUACCGUCUGCUUUAGUAAACAAAACUGAGGAGGACUUUUGUUCAACAAGAAGGAGACAUAUACGGUUGGUUUCCUGGACAUAAGUUUAGCCUAGUCCUAGACUAAAAAGCUAUUUUAAUGGAGAUUAGCCAUUGUGCAUUCUUUUUAGUCUAGGACUAGGCUUAAUCUGUGUCCAGGAAACCGCCCCAUAGAGAAGUAUUGUCACUUUAGUUGAAAGCCCUUCCCUUCAGGAAACUUUGACUUUUGGAUGCUCUUAUCUUUGACUGAGCAGUAGAUUGGUCCAUCCUCAAAUAUGCAGAAGUUUCUUGAGUACAUUUUGUGUUUCUAAUAUUUCUAAAUUGUUCAUUUCAUUUAUCGAUGUGUACUUAAACGACGGACUCGUUUUCCCGUUUUAUUAAAACACAUCAAUUCAAGUAUUUAUGUUAUUGUUCAUCAUUAUAUACAUUUCCAUAGUGAUGUUGAACUGGGAAAUAUUGAAGCAUGCCAGUGCUCCACACCGUAGAGACCGCAACAGUCUGUUGAUGGGUUAUUUGAAUAGAUUUAUCCAGAACGCAACAUCCCUCUCGACUGCUGUCUCCACUUUAACUAAUUUGCUCUGUUUAUGUAGCCAAGCUUUGAAGAUGACCUUCUCUUCUCCCUUUUAGUGUUCGUUUGAUAACAGUAAUUGAACUGUAAUGUACAGCCAUUAGCGAUUAUUAAAAUGUGCUGAAACUCUAAGAGCAGAUAAUUGAGUGGACCUCACUGUGGAAUGUUCACUCUGAAGGCUCAACAUAUUAAAUAAAUGUGUAAAUCAAUGAGAUGAAAGGAGUGAACAAUUCCAUUUAGAACAUGUGUAAUCUCACCAGGGAGUCCCCUGCUGCAUUACAAGGGGCAUUGAAAUGAAAUGAAACCUUUAAUGAACUGCA